AUGUUUAAUUUAGUAACAAGAGUUCAAUCUGCUGCUAAUCAAUCACUAACUUCAGCAAGUAUACUAACAGGAAUUGUAAUUGUACUCACUUUACUUCAAUUGUUUAAAGAUAAUGUUUGGGGAAUAGAUACAACAACUAUUUCAAAUAUUGAAUCAAAAUCAUCAAUAAAAUAUUCAUUCCAAUACGGUUCAGUGAAUAGAAAACCAAAAGAAAAUAACAAGAUCACAUUUGAUUUAGAUACGGACUUGACAAAAUUGUUUAAUUGGAAUACAAAACAAAUAUUUAUAUAUUUAACUGCUGAGUAUCCAGGUAAGUCUCAAGGUAGCUCAAAUAAAGUUACAUUUUGGGAUAAAAUUAUUACAAAUAAAGAAGAUGCUAUAUUAAAAUUGAAAAAUCAAAGAAGUAAAUAUUCAGUUUGGGAUGUUGAAAAGGGAUUUAGAGGAAGAAACGCUACUGUUAAAUUAGAAUGGAAUAUUCAACCUCAUAUUGGACCAUUGAUAUUUGGGGAAACUUCAGGGAUUGGUUCAUUUGAAUUUCCAAAUGUAGCUAGUAAAUAA